AUGGAAAGCGAGCUAAGCAGAAUAGCAAAGCUGAUAAAAAAUGAAGAGCAAUGCAAAAAAGAUGGGAACUCCAUGAAAGAGAAAAAGCUUGUGUUGCUGGUAGAGGAUUUGUACGUUCAGUCACUGUACCCAUUGUACGGUGGUCUCACCGGAGAGUACGUAAAAUCAGGUCCGAGCAAAGUGGAUAGGAUGUCCUCAGCGUCUUCCUCUAGCUCGGAAUCUGAGUACUUUUCCUCAGAGGAAGUUGAUUAUAAUUCAGACAUCAACGAUUCAAACCAAUCUACUUCUCAACUACUAAAUCCAGAGCUUCAACUUGAAAGCCAAUCACGUCAAGUUAAACAACUCUUGUUUGCAAAGAAUGCUGAUUUGCACAGACGAGUUUUUGAGCUUCAACUGUUACUUAACGACACCAAAGGAACAGUGUCUGUGUUACAGGCAAAACUCCAAACAAACGAGGAUCGUUCAGCGUCAAAAAUUGCUGAAUUGAUGGCACGGAUACACGAGCUCGAACAAGAGGCAAAGUCUCUGCGGACGCAGAAAGGAAAAGUGGAAGAGAAGAUUAGACGCAGCAGAAACGAAGCAUCGAGCCAGAAGAAGGACUUGGAAGACCAGAUUAAUGCCAUGCAACAAAUGUUAGAUUCCUUGAGAAAUCACAACAAAGAGUUGGAGGUACAAUUGGAAAGAACGAGAGUAGAAGCUUCGAAAUCAUGCUCGGUUAGAAUACAAAAUCACGGGGAGGAUUUGAGUGAAGAAAAGGAGUGUUUUCUUGCAAGAAUAAAGGACCUGGAACUGGAAUUGGAAUCUCGAUGCAGUAAACAGCAGGAUUUGGAGGAUAGAAAGAAAGAACUAGAAAGAGCAAUGGCACGGGGAGUGCAAGAGAUAUGUGAAGUUUUUAGGGAUCAUGAGGGUUGUAAAGAAGGAGCUACCAUUACCAUAGAUGGUGAAGGUUUAAAAAGUGUAGUUGAAAAAUUAAAAAGCAGGGUGGGUGAUCAGGAGGAAACGAUAAAGAAGCUAACAGAAAGCAUUGAAGAAAUAGGUGCAGAGAAAGAGGAGAAAGAGAAGAUCUUGAAAGAAAUGGUGUGGAAGUUAGAAGCGAUGGUGAGCAAAGAAGCAGGGGAGAAACUGAAUCUGAUGAAACAAGUGAGGCAGCUUGAAAGGAAAGUAGAAAACUUGGAAAGGGAUGUGAAAGAGAAGGAUGGUGAUUUGGUGGGGCUUGCCGAGAAGAAGAAGGAAGCAAUAAGACAACUUUGUUCUCUGGUUGAGUUUCAUCGUAAUCGCUAUGUCUAUCUAAAGGAUUCCAUGUCAAAGAGAAACAAGUUUUGGUAA